AACAAAAAUAAAAGGGCCAAACCUCUGAGGGAGUCUACCAGCAUCAGCCAGUCAGACAAGGACAAGUACCUUGCAUGUAUGUCCAUUCCGUAUAUGUCCUCAGAGGAGUCUUUGUCUGAACCUGAAUCAGAAAGACAUGACGGCAAUUCCUCAGGUUCAGAUGAGGACCUCCCAAACAGGAAAAGACUGUGUGAGACCACUUCUCUGGCGAAGCACAGAGGUGAAUGGGUUAAUGGCUCAGUUGGACCGCAAAGUCACCCGAAGUCAAAGCCAACGGAGUGCGAGUAUGGUUAUAGAAUGCACAGUGGGACCAGCAUCAUACUGAGAAGCACCAGAUGA